AAGGCCUACACAACAACAACACACGCUGUCUUCUCUUCCUAAAAACAAACACAAAUCCCACCACCACACUCACUCCAUAUAUCUUCAAAAAUGACCACAAAUUCCCACCAUUCCACCACCAGUUCCUCCGCCGUGUCCUCCGCCGAAACCAGCCGGAAAAGACAGAGGAGCACAGCCGCCACCGAAAGUGAAUCGGAAGAAUCAACCCCAAAAUUCAGAGGAGUAAGGCUAAGAACAUGGGGAAAAUGGGUGUCUGAAAUAAGAGAGCCAAGGAAGAAAUCAAGAAUAUGGCUUGGCACAUAUCCGACGGCGGAGAUGGCGGCGCGUGCACACGACGUCGCUGCACUCGCCAUCAAAGGCCACCGUGCUUUCCUCAAUUUCCCUCAACUCAAACACCAUCUCCCUCGCCCCGCCUCCCUCUCUGCCAAAGAUAUCCAAGCCGCCGCCGCACAAGCCGCCGCACUCAAACCGGAAAGCGAAACGACGUCGUUUCAGGAGGAAGAAGAAGAUACUUGGUUUGAUUUGCCGGAUCUAAUCUCCAAUGGAUUUUUGUUGGGUUUUAAUAGUUAUUCUUCUUCCUCGUCGCCCUCGUCGUCGUCUUCUUCACAAUGGCAAUUUCUUGCAGAUGAUUAUCAUGAUGAACACCAUCUUCAAUGGCAAUCUGAUUUUUCUCAUCCUAUUUUUCCUGUUUGAUUUUUUUUUAAAGUUAAAUUAUUUAAAUUCUGCUUUUUUUGUAAUAUUCUCUCUUACCAAAAGAGAAAAAAAAAAGGAGGGAAGAAGGCUUGUUGAGCUUGCUUGUUUGCUUGGACAACUUAUAUAUUUAUUUAUUUAUAUAUACUUUUU